CGUAAGCCAUUGGGACAGGCUUUUCUUUUCGUUUAUCUCGACACAAGAGAAGGCAAAAAGGCUAGGGAGUUGAUCCUUCUUAUGGCCAUGGACAACGGGCCGUCGAGCGGAAGAAUUGGGAGACGACAUCGCUGGCUAGGUUUAGGGUUUAGGGUAGCAGCUUAGGCCAGAGUAAUCUUCACUUUUCUCAUUUAAUCCAUCACACAGACGAUAUUAGAAGCGAAAUUGGUUGACAAUGCUAUUUGGAAGGAAGAGUUGCAUCAGUUGCUGGUUUGAAAUUAGUUCCAGGACAAUUUGGCUAUUCUUUUGUAGGGUGGCAGAGAGCUUAUUCAAGCCCAAAGGACUAUUUUUGGAAAUUGGAAAUGGACAACCAUUCGGCUUCAAGGAGAGUUUGAUGCACUGCUUCUCAAAUUUACGGACUUCUGCCUUCUCGAGUACGCUACUAAAAUUUCCGGCCAUUAACGGAGGAGCUUCGGCCAAAAAUUGCAGCUACAGGCUCUAAAUGUUUGAUGAGAAAUGUUUGAGGUUGUCUUUAUGAUGAUUGCAGGAGUGGAGCAGGAGGAUUUGUAGGUCUCUCUUUUAGCUAUUUCAUAAGGAGCCACAUGUGUUCUUUCAAGAAAUUUUUUCCGCUAGGUUUGCUUCCUUUUGAAUUACUUUCUUUCUUACAUCAAAUUAUUUUUUAAAUAUUUAAUUCUAUAUAUGGGUUAUGUUUUUGUGAGAUCCUUCUUAACAAGGUUCUAAUUAAGUUCAAAAAGAUGAGAAGCAACCGAAGCAUGGCACCGAGUGAAAAAAAAUAUUCCACUGGGCUAAGUAUUGAUGACAGUUAAACCCCAACGACAAUAGGGGCAAAUGGACGUACUCCAGAGAGGCCCCAAGGCGAAUAACGACUGUGGCAAGGAUGGUAGCAGUGAUAGCUAUAUUUUUACUCUAGCCCCAACAGACCGAUGAAGACGACGGUGGGCUGUGCUAGGUUUAUGACCCUAGUCCCGACAAGGGGAUUAUGACAACAGCUACAAGGGCAGUUGAAGCAGCUGGCAUGGUUUGUUUAUAAAAAAUAUGAAAAGCCUAGCAAGGUAUGACCGGAAAAAAUAGACUACUCUAUUAAUUUAUGUGAUUGCAUUGAUUCAAAUUUUGCUACACUCAAUAUACUUUUCUUCAAAUUUUUAUAGUACUUGGACCUUUGCUUUACAUAUUGGCAUGCAAAACAGAGAGAUAUAGUUUAACGACAGUAAUUGCUUUAGAAAAUAGCAUUUGUAUAUAGGUCAUGCUAUUUGGGCCCUAAUUUGUUUACGAAU